AUGUCUUAUUUAGAAUUUAAUGGUGCUUGGUCUCUUGGAACAUCUUAGAGAUCUAAACUAUUUGCUACAGAGACAGGAAAAUUUCCAGGACCAGGAAAUUAUCAAAUGCCAAAUUUUAAAAAUAAGCCAAAAUCUCCUGAAGUUUUGUUUUCAAAGAGUAGGCGCUCAAUAAACUAUAAGAAUGGAAUACCAGGUCCAACAGCAUAUUUUGAAAAAGGAUUUAAUUUUAAUCAUCUUGAUAAAUAGAUUCCUAUUAAAAUAGCUAAGCCACAUCCAGUAACUUAGAAACCUGGUACUAUAGGGCCAGGGAGUUAUGAUCCAAAAUCAAAUGUAGAAAGCUCUAAAACAAAGCAGCCAACUUUUUCAUUUGGUUAUAGAAUAACUUAAGAAGUAGUUUCAGAUACACCUGCUCCAAAUGCAUAUUAUCCAGAAAACGUUAACACAAUGUUUAAAACUCAAAGCAAUUUUGGAAGUACGAUGAGAUCUAGCUCUUAAUUUACAAAUAAUAAAAACAGCAUCAACAACAAUAAUAAUAACAACAACAACAACAAUAAUAAUAACAAUAACAACAAUAAUAAUAAUAAUGAUUUUAAUGAUGGUUAAUUUAAUGAUAAAAAGUCUUUAAUGAGGAGAACAUAAUCUAGUUCUGUUAUGUCAAGGACUGUUAGAAAUGGAUUUGGAGGAGCUGAAAGAAUGAAAACUGUUGUUAAAGAUGUUCCUGGUCCUGAUGAAUACAAUGUUGAGUUUAGUAAAACAAAUAAUGGGCCAACAUUUGCUAAAAGUUAAAGACAUUGGAUUCAACCCUCAGAUAGUCCCGGUCCAGGCAUUUUCCCUCCAGAUAAUAAAAAAUAAAUGAUUAAAUCAAUUAGUUCGUCAAAUGGAUUUUCAUUUGGCUAAAAAUUACAUGACUCACUUAAAACUUACGAAAAUUAUGUCCCAGGUCCUGGAACUUAUGACAGAGAUUAACCUAAAUCUAAGUUAGGAGCAAGAUUUGGAACUGAAUAAAAACAUAGCAUGGUUGAUAAAGAAAGUUUGAAAAAACCAGGUCCUAACUAUUACUACCCAAUUUUAAAUAAUACAAAAUCAGAAAUUUACAUACCAACAAUUGGAUUUAGCAAUAGACCACCUCUGUCAUAGACUGGAAAUAACCCUGGUCCUGGUGAAUAUUUCGACAAAGAAGAAGAUAAAUAAUUUGGAGAUGGUCCUAAAUGGAAAAUGGGAGCUAGAAUAUAGAAGAAAAAUAAAGUAGACAUGCCAGGACCUGGAGCCUAUGAUGUAUAGACUGAGUCUAUUAUAUACCAAAGACCUAAGUUUGCAUAUACUACAGGGCCUAGGAGCAAUCCAGUGAGAUCAGAGUUUACAAAUAGUGGACCUGGAGCAUAUGAUAUCAGUGGGAGGUUAAGUAAUAAUAGGUUUGGUAUUACAGCCAGUGAGAGAUUUUACAAUAAAAAGAAUGCCUAUGAACCUGGUCCUGGUCAUUAUAAUAUUGGAGGUACGAUUGGCAAAAUUCCUAACUAUUUAAUACUUUCUAAAAAGAAACACUCUCAGCUUCUCGAUUUUGGUUCUUGA